UCGUGGCGGCCUGAGCCAGGGGUGUCGCGUCAAGAUGCUUCAAAACCUUGUUAAAAAUGUUUGGGUCCCCAUGAAGCCCUACUAUACCCAAACUUACCAGGAAAUUUGGUUAGGAAUGGGGUUGAUGAGUGCCAUCAUUUAUAAAAUCAGGAGUGCUGAUAAAAGAAGUAAAGCUUUGAAAGCCUCGAGUCCUGCCCCUGCUCAUGGCCAUCAUUAACCAGCUCGGGGAACACAUGAGAUGGAACGUCAGUCUGGCUGUAAAUCUCUGCAUGCUCUGCUAGUUGGGAACAUGGAGCCCCGACGUACACGUGUACACGUGUCUGCUGCGGCAUGAAUAAAUGUAACUGUGAGGUGAAAAAAAAAAUCAAGAAAGAUAACUAAGAAAAAAAUUGAAAUGUCUUUCUGUAAUAUGAAUAUAGAUACAAAUAUUGUAAAUAAAAGGAAACUGAAUCCUGUAAGAUAUUAAUCAAAAUAUCAUGGCCAAGUUAGGUUUAUGCAAGGAAUGAAAGAAUGAUGUAUCUGGGGCCCUGGCUAGCUCAGUAGGAAAAGCAUGUGAAUCUUGAUCUUGGGGUCCUGAGUUCGAUCCCCAUGUUGGGUGUAUUAAAAAGGUUAUUUAAAGGUUAUUUAAAAUCUUAAAAAAGAUACAUCAAU